UGUUUUCAAAAAACGAUAAAAGUCGAAUUAACGCUGUUGGUUGGUACGUGAUUGCCGUUAACACUUUUACAUUUGUUCAAAUAAUAAGAUUUUGUAACUUAUAAUAAAUAUAUAGGUUAAUUUUUUUAUUUUUGCAUUGAUAUAGACAGUAAAAAUGCCUGAAAGUACAAUAAACGGAGAACAACAAAACAAAUCUACCAAUGAAAAUCAAGAAAAUGAAGAAGAACUUGAUCCUCAUUUCGAGCCAAUUAUUUCUUUACCUCUCAUUGAAGUAUCAAACAAUGAAGAAGAUGAAGAAGAAAUGCUCAAACUACGAGCAAAGUUAUAUCGAUAUGAUUCUACAAAUGAUCCUCCUGAAUGGAAAGAACGUGGAACUGGUGAUGUAAAAUUAUUGAAACAUAAAACAAAACAUACAGUACGAGUAGUAAUGAGAAGAGAUAAAACUUUAAAAAUCUGUGCCAACCAUUUUAUCACACCAUGGAUGGAACUGAAACCUAAUUGUGGUAGUGAUCGCGCUUGGGUUUGGAGUGUUCUUGCUGAUUAUGCAGAUGAAUUAUUGAAGCCAGAAUUACUUGCAAUAAGAUUUGCUAAUGCUGAACAUGCUGCACUCUGGAAAGAAACUUUUGAGAAAGCAAAAAAAAUAGUUGGAACUGAAUGUUCUAUUUACGCUGGAAGUCCUGAUGCAGCAGCUGAUGAUAGUCAUAGUGAAUCUUGUAGUUCUGUAACUGACACAGAAGAAAGUGAUGCAAAUGAAUCCAAAUCACAAAAUAAAAAACAAUCAUCAAAUGAUGAUGAAUCAGUGAAUAAAAAUAAAUCUACAGAGCCGAAAACAACCGACCAAAAUACAAAUAAAGUGACUGAAGAAAUGGAAAAACUCAAAGUCAAUAAGAAAGAAGAUGAGUAGUUAUAGAUUUUUAUAUUUGAUAAUUAAUCUAUUAAGAAGGAAAUGAUAAACAUUCCAUGUAUGAGCAAAAAUGUUGCUAGUGUAAGUUUAAUUUUAUUUUUUGCAUCUCAUAACUUUUUAAAAUUAAUAAUUAAUUACGAACUCCUUGGAUGGAUAUUUACUUGCUGUAAUUUAAAUUUGAUUCAUUAAUUUCUUAUUAAUUAUAAAAUUUUUAUCAUCUAUCAAUUAUACGGAGUUUUUUUCAUUGA